AUGAAUUUAAAUUAUUUUCAAGAUUCUAUAGAACAAGCUAAUUUGGUUAAUAAUAACAAUAAUAUUUUAGAAAUACAAGUUGAUCCUUGGAACACCAAUACUUCUUUAGACUUUAAAACUAUUAUUUUUCCAGAAAACAACAACAGUAUCGACAGCAGUUUAUCAUCAUUAACAAACGCUUCAGUAAAAUUUAAAAAAACCAGCUUUCCUCGUAAAUUACCUCUUACUCCAACAACUGAACAUCCGCUUGAUCAACCCACAGAUUUACCAGCUGCUACAUUAAUAACAUUUUCAAAAAAAUUUAUUUUUAAUUCUAAUAAAGCUUAUUUACCUACUUAUUUAGAAUGUUAUGAUGAUAAUGAAGGAAAAUCGUCAUCAAUUGAUAAUAGUUUAGAAAAUAAACUGGUUGCCGUACAUAUUGUAAAACCUUCUGACACAUUGCCAGGUAUUGCAUUACUUUAUGGAAUUGAGGUUUCAAAUAAAUUAUGGACAAAUGAUUCAAUUCAUACGCGUAAACAUUUAUAUAUUCCUCUUGAUCAAUGUAAAGUUAUUCAUGAUGAAUCAAAAGCAAUAAUAGAAAGUGACUUUAAUCAUAUUGUUAUAAUGAAUCGUAAAACAAUUAUUGUACAAUUCUUUCAAGGGAAUGGAUUAGGGUUUGCUUUGGCUGUUGGACUGAUAUUUGGAAGAUUGGCAUCAUUUUUUGCAACAAUUUUGGCUGUACCGUUAUCUUUAGUGCCACCAUUAACAUAUCGUACACCAUUUUUUGUAGCAGCAUUUACAUCAGUUAAUAAAAUAAUCGAAAAGAAAACAGUACAUUGGGAUGAUAUAUUUCAACUUUCCGAUCUUUUUUGGUGGUCUCUUGUUGUAGGAUUAUUACUUGGAAUGACUAUCUCACCAUUUGUUCAUUUAUCAAG